CGGCUUCACCGGUUGAAGUUUAAACCGUAGAUAGAAAGUAAGUCUCAAUCACGUAGGUCUCAUACCGAACGUUGCUCUUCCUUUUUUGCUUAAUCCGACUCUACUCCAUCAAUUCACGGCCAUUCUUCGAUUGAAGUCAUUCAUGGAUUCCGUCCCCGUAAGUUGCCCGGAAAUGUGGAUUAUGAUUAAAUAUGAUGGCCAAUGGAUCUCAAAUACUUUGUUCUCUAGUAUUCAUGUUGCCGGUUUCACUAUACCUUCAAACUGUACGUACAAUUCUCUAUGUUCUCGUGUUUGCGCUGUUAUUGGUGACAGUUAUGCCGGGAAGAAUAUGAAGAUCUCAUACGUUUAUGCUUCAUGCCCACCUCCCGUGAAUGUAUGUGAUGACGUUAGUCUAUUCUUUUAUCUACAAUUGAAGAGUUUUCAAAAGGACCCGAUGCAAAUGCCGCUGUGUGUUGAAUUUGUAUGUGAUGCUACGAUUGGAGAGGAACAAAGCACCACAGUAUGUGAUGAUAUCCACAAUUCAAGUGGAAUUAACCACCCGAGUAAUCCGGAAGAGUGUGGUGACUUUAGUGAACAAGACAAUAAUUUCAGUCACAAUAUUGGUAUGGACAUUGAAUUUGACCACAUUUCUAGUGCUGAAAUUAUGAGGUUAAAUUCUCAGGUUGAUGAAGAGAUUCAUAAUAUGCAUGUUCUCAACCAUUCUCUGAACCCACACACAUUGCAUUGAAUAGCAUCUAUGGAAGCAAGAAAGAACUUGAUUUUCACUUAAAGAUGUAUGCGAUUACCAACUUCUUUCAGUAUAGAACGAAGACAUCUUGUCCGAAGGUUUUGCAUGUUGUGUGUGUUGACCCCGAGUGCAAGUGGGUUGUGCGUGGUGUGCGCAUCGACGGAGUGUCAUUGUUCCAGGUCAAAAGAUUUGACUCUGAGCAGACAUGCUCCAUUGAUGUACGUCAACGAAAUAGCCGUCAGGCUACGUCCAGGAUUAUUGCCGAACUUAUCAAACAGGAGUACGGUGAUGCAUCCAAUAAGCCAUACCCUCCGAAAUCAAUUAUGCUUGAUAUGCAGACCAAAUACGGCAUUUACAUGUCAUACAAAAAAGCAUGGAUUGCCAAAGAAUUGGCAAUGGAACUAGCUAUGGGAUCUGAAAAGGAUUCAUAUGCACGCUUACCUUCAAUGUGUCAUGUGCUUGAAAGGAGUAACCCAGGUUCUAUUGUUUCUUAUUCGUGCAAGGAAAAUGGUGAAUUUAAUAAUUUUUCCAUGUGCCUUUCUGCAUGGAGGGAAGGUUGGAUUCAUUGCAUUCCGGUUAUAUUUGUGGAUGGGUCUUUUUUGAAGUCGUAUUAUAAGGGUACAUUACUCACUGCAUGUACACAAGAUGCAAACAAACAAAUAUUUCCAUUGGCAUUCGGUAUUUGUAGUGGAGAAAAUACCGAAAAUUGGUCAUGGUUCUUCAGUAUGUUGAAGCAUUCUCUGAUGCAUCGGGAUGAUCUAUAUAUUGUGUCUGAUCGCCACGAGGGCAUUAUUAGUUCCGUGCGUUCUGUAUUUUCUCAUGCGCAACAUGGUUACUGUGUUUACCACAUAUUGGCUAAUUUGAAAACAAGAUUUCGUGGCACGCAAAAAACUGUGUCAUGGAAGUUUUUGCAGGCUGCUCGUGUUGGAUCUGUGUACGAGUGUGAAGAGUAUCUUCAAAUGCUGGACAGUGAGGAUCCACGCAUUCGUACGUAUUUAGAGCGGAUGGGCCAUGACAAAUGGUCUCGUGCUUAUGCUAGUCGAAAUCGAUACUCAGUUAUGAUGUCAAACAACGCGGAGUCAUUAAAUGCAGUUAAUGCCACUGCCCGAGAAUACCCAAUAUGUAAGUUGAUAGAGUUUAUUAUUGCACGAAUGCAAAAAUGGUUUUGUGAACGGCGAGACUCUUCAGCGUCGAACAAUUGUCGUUUAUCUGCACACUUUGAAUCUGAAGUAGUUGUUUUACAAGCUAUGGCGGCCGUCAUGACAGUAUUACCCUCUUCUCUUUGUCUUCAUUGCACUACUUUUUUAAAAUACAUCCCAACGUUAUUCAUUAUUGAAUUACUUUUACUGUACUUAAUAUUUAAUUAUAGUUUUAUAUGUUUAAUCACACAUUGUGCAGGUCAAACCAUCAUGUGCUUUUGAGUUUGAGGUGUUUGAUAAGAGAUCCCGUUCUUAUGUUGUCAACUUGAAGGAGCAGACUUGCACUUGUCGAGAAUUUCAGCUUGAUGGGUUUUUAUGUGUACAUUCUGUUGCAGCUAUUCGCUCCCGCCCAGGCCUUUCUUGCUACGAUUACAUUUCAGAAUUCUAUACUGCACAUCAUUGGGCACAAACAUAUCGCGAUAUUAUUCAUCCUAUUGGGAGUCCGGAUGGUUGGAUUGUACCUUCACAUGUUAAGCAAAUCACUUGCAACCCGCCAUCAUGUGAAUCACGACCUCCUGGAAGGCCGAAGAAAAGAAGAAUUCCAUCUACAGGAGAACAUGUUCGGAGACAAACAUGCACUCGUUGCCUCAUGGUUGGACACAAUAGAAAGACUUGUAGAAAUCCUAUUCCGCUACACAUGCGUUAAAAAUUGUUUUUAUGUGCCGUUUUAAUUUUAACAUUGUUGCGCAUCUAGUCACG